GUUUUUUCUUUUUCUAACGACCCUGAACGCAGCAGCCGGACCCCCGGCAGCCAUGGCAACACAUGUCAGAAGAACAGCUGACAACUCGUGAACCUGCUAACUAGGUGAGUUAACCCGGUAACUAGGUGGGUUAACGUGUUUGAGGCGGGUUACUGUGGUCACCUGUGACCUGGACUCGACAGGUGACGUCAGCAAGACACGGUCACGGUUCGAUUCCCGGAACACACAACGUGCGUCAACGGUAGUUAAGUUGACGGUUAAGCUAGCAGGCUAACUAAGCUGCUAGCUGUUAACAUGUUUGUUCUCAUGAUGUGAGUUUUACUUGAACCGCGUUUCACCGCCGGUUUGCGGACUUUCGCCGCCUCAAUGUCCGGGGGGCGAACGCCUCCUCCGGCCGACGGCAGCGGCCUGCUCCGGGGCAGCCGCACCAGGUCGUACGGGAGCCUGGUCCGGGCUCCGCUGUCUCCGGUUCCUCAGAGACGCAUCGAGCACGAACUUCAGCCCGGAGAGACGCUGCCGGGCCUGGCCCUGAGAUACGGAGUGUCCAUGGAGCAAAUCAAACGAGCGAAUAGACUCUACACCAAUGACUCAAUAUUCCUGAAGAAGUCCCUGUCCAUCCCUGUGCUGUCGGACUUGGACGUCUGCAGUAACGGGCUUGACUUGGCGGCUGAAGACGAUGCUGGCUGUGCUCAGAAUGGGCAUUCGGGGAGCGCCUCUGAGAAUAAGCCCUGUGACGGCAAUGAAAGGGCGGCAGACCUGACUCCAGUGGGUUUUUUGAAAAGGUUGGAUGAGUUGAUAAACCAGUCAAAGGAAGCUGCUGUCAAAGGAGUCCAGGACGCAGAGAAAAGGUAGAACAGCCUCUGACGG